GCAGCGCAGGUAGCCCACAGUUCCGCCGCGAGAGAGGGCUCCUAUCAGGCGUGCGGUGCCACCCACAGGGCAUCCUCCAUUACUUUUAAUCUCCUUGACCCAGCCAUAACUAGAGAUACGUAAAUGUUUGACAUGAUUUACCCAUAAAUAGUAAUGAAACCUGUACAAUGCUAGCUUUUAACGACUCUUGUUUGUCACCAGAGAAAGGUGCAAUAGCAAAAAUAUUCACAUAUAUAUUGAUUUUUUUUUUUUCUUUAAUCAAUUAAUGAUAAUAAAACUUUACAAUAUAAUACUUUCAAAACUAUCCUAUAAUAUGAAUUAUCACUAUUCAAUAUCAUCAUCUCAACUUUUAGGUUCAAGAGGGGGAAACAAUGAGUGGCUAGCCAUUAUAUAUAAUGUGUCACGAUGCAGUGGAAUGUGGCGCUUAUGAAUUUUUGGGCAAAUGAAGUUAUUGGCAACGUUUUAACCCUUUAUCUCAGGCAAGCUGCUCCCAGUGGCUCGCAGUCAGAACACUGCUGUGCUGGUGAGCCCCCCCGGAGAUGAAGAGUUAAAGCUUGUUCAUUUUCUGUGCUUUUGAUAUGAAGAAAAUACUAAUUUUUAUCUUGAAAAUCAGUCGAGAUAUUACAUGUCAUGAUUAUCGUUUUUAAAAAAAAUCCACAUCGAAAUGUCUUUUUUAAAGGACAUAUAUAGAAGAUGGAGAGCCAUAUAAAAAAAGAAAAUGUAAAAAUCUGCCCAACUGGCGGAAAAAUGCUGGUUUCUUUGAUUGUACAGUAUUUUCAUUAGAUCCUGAUGUCACCACGAUGCCUCACAUUUGUUCUAAAAAUUCAAAUACACUUAAAAUCUUUUGUCUUGCUAACAAAUCAUUUUAUGUGAACCUUGUCAGUACUUUCCUCACAAUAUUAUUUCAAACUUUGGUGUAAGAUAUAGAGUCUGGAUAUAGUGUGUUCCAAGAAUUUUGGGGGGUUUUUUCAACGGUCGAAAAUUCAGUGUGCAAUUAGCAAUGUUCUUUCCUUUAAGUUAAAAAGAGUUCCAUUAUCUCCACUUCUGAAAACAUUCACUUUCCAAGUUUUCAGACAGGUCUUUCUUCUUUCCUUCCCCCCCACCAGAAAAUGGAAUCGGGUGAUCUUUAUUUUGCUGUGGCUGAAAACAAACCUGACAGACUUAACGAGCUGCUGGAGCAGGGAGGUAAUGUGGAUGAAUUCUACGACGACAUGAUGAACAUCAGCUCCAAGUCGCUACUCCAUGUCUGCUGUGGGAAAGGUCACAUAGAUUGUCUGAAAGUUCUCAUCGCCCACGGCGCCCAGCUGGAUGUUCGGGACAAGUGGGGUCAGACACCACUCAUGUACAGCGCCACCAUACAGUUUACCGAAAUUGCUCAGCCGGGGCCAGCAUCAACGAGAUGGACAAGACUCUUCGAACCCCUCUCACCCACGCCCUCUACAGUGGGGUCAGGGGGUCGGAGGUCAGCGAGGCCUACUCCAGCAUCAUCUCCCUUCUGGUCAGCGCGGGAGCUGACCUCAACAUGGCCACCACAGAAGGGUGUAACCCACUGCUUUCGUCCGCCCUGCUCAAGUCCGAGACGAUGGUCAGGUACUUCCUGUCCCUCGGAGCUGACCCUGACGUCAAAUUUCAUUCAGGAGUCACACCGGCCCUGGUUUCAGCCAGCACGGGCGACCUCGCGACCCUAAAGGCCUUGAUCUUUUACAACUGCGACCUCAAGAUCAAAGGAAAUGUGUACAAGAAACGGAGACAGAUCGAGUAUGUUAUUGACCCUUUUGAAUUGGCGUACAUGGAAGGUUUCCUUCGACUGUGCGUACUGAUGACCCGAUCUGGGUACAGAGUGCAUGACAAAGCCCAGAUUUUUGAGGAUGAUGCUUUUAGAACUGCGCCCGCCGAUUGGAAGCCGACUCCUGUUUUGUCGCGUCUCGCCCCUCAAGAAGCGGAACAGGAACGUCUGACCCUGUCUAAGGCUCAGCAUCUACCGGAAGAUUUCCGAGACUGUCUGCGGUGUUUGGUGGAGAUGUCAAGAAGCCCGAGGGCUCUGAGAGAGUUAGCGACCUUGACUGUGAGAAUGUGUAUGAAGAAUCGUCUUGUGGCUGGGGUGGAGAGGUUGCCGGUGCCCAGAGCUGUGAAAAAUUCCAUUUUGUUCAACGAUUUGUUGACUUGAAGUGUUGGUUUGUUAUAUGAGACACCCACCACCAUCAACUCCCCCCUCCCCCAUGCAGUCCCCUUUUUUCACAUGUCACACUUAUAUGCAGACACAUAUUAAUUACACACACUC